GCAUGUCUAUCUUACACGGAGGACCAUUCUUGUCAUGUCUAAUGCAAAUUCUUGAUGUUCAGCUGCGUGCGUUUUCAGUGCCACAGAACAGGUCGCGGAAGCAAAAGAACAUAGCAAGGUGGAGGUUCGUGACAUUUAUCUCUCCUCUACAGCAUAUCCCUACCAUCCCCGCUGCCUAGACACAAUGGGUGAUUCGACCUCUCGACUGGAGCCUUUCAUCCUUCUUGCGAGGUCUACAAAAGGGGCAGCAGCGGAAAAAGUCAUUCAAGACGCCACGGCAGCUACAGGAGUAUACACCUUUACUGAGCUCUUGAAUCUACCCAACAUCCAAGCUCUUGUUUCUGAUCCAUCGGGUUCGAAGAGCGUCAAGUUGCUCGAGCUUUUUGCCUUUGGGACUUUGGAGACUUAUCGAGCCGACGAGUCGUCUUAUCCGCCUCUCACAUCGGCCCAAUUGCAGAAACUUAAACAUCUGACGCUCGUCUCUCUCGCUCUCCAUCACAGAUCUCUGUCCUAUUCGACUCUACUCACCAUCCUCGAAUUAGACUCUGUCCGACAGCUCGAAGAACUAAUCAUCGAUUCCAUAUACGCCGAACUCCUCACGGGUAAAAUGCACCAUCACGAACAGAUUUUACAUGUCGAUUGGGUCUCUGGGCGUGAUCUGCGGCCUGAGGACCUGGUUCAUAUCCAGAAAGGUUUGGAGACCUGGUGUCAGACAGCUUUGACACUGGUUCAAGCGCUCGAUGAUCAGAUCGCUCUCGUUAGGCAGAAUGCAAUCGAGGGAAUGUCCGAGGAACAAACGUAUAAAGAGGAGAGAAUGGCGAUGCUGGAAUCACUCAUGAAGACUCGAGGUGGAGGUCGUCAAGGACUUGGUCCACCGGGAGCGGGAAACGGGCUUGAUGAUCAGUCAGACGACGUCGUGAUGAGAGCUACUGGUGCGAUGGCAGGAUUGCCAAGUGGUAAAAAGACCGGAUUGAACCGAAGAGGUCAAGGCAGCGCAGCAUCUUCUGAAGAGCUAGGUAGGACGCGAGGAUCCAACAAGAGACUCAAGGACAGUCCAUGAAAUACGAGGCUCAGAUCAGAUUCCAAGUUCGUCAGAUGAUAUCCCACACUUCAUUUGUAUAUAGACAUGCUGCCUUCCUACACCACUGUUGUAGCAUACAUACUUCAUCAUCGCCCCAGGUACACGACCAAGACCCGACACGCCAUGCAUGUCAUACAAAGCGAGCGAGAAGGAUCGGCCCCCGCCGGCCUUCCCACGACGCGAUCACGUGACAUUACGUCAUUGUCCAUUGCAGC